GAACGAGGCUUCAAUUUUAGAAAGAACUUUAAGUCAAGAUGGAUUUCAGUCAGGAUGACUAUGGUUAUAGCAGUGGGGGAGGGGGUGAAUUCCCCCCAUUCCAGUCUUCAACAAAUCCAUUCAUACAAGCAUCAUCGGGACAAUGGCCCCCACCAAAGAACACAGGAAAUUCUUGGCCACCUAAUAAUAACUAUGGCGGCGAUUCAGGUCUAACAAACUCAUGGCCCCCAAAAUCUCAAACUGGCUUGAGUUCUGGAAAUUCAUGGCCGCCCAAAUCCAAUGAUCGUUCAAAAGGUCCAAAAAAUGGCCCUAGUUAUCAGCAUACCCAGUACUCAUCAGAGCCGAAGAUUGAUUCGCAAAAACUCACACAAUCAAAGCUUGUAACCAAAUCUGCAAACGAUGUGCCCUCAGCGUUUAAAACUCCAGCCGUUCCUAACACUGAUUCUGCGGCAGAGUCUCGUAAGACCGAAGGAGGGGAUAAGAGUAAACCAGAAUUAUUUUUUUGUGAACUUUGUCAAGUAAGGGCCACUGGAGAACUGACCUGGAACCAGCACAUGACUGGAAAGCUGCAUAAAAAGAAUGAAGUCAAACGGCAAAACGGGGAACCUCUUACCCUACCAAAGAAAAAGUCUGCUGCAGGAAAGAGUGGAACACUCCGCAUCACUCCAACACUUGAGGAAUGUGAUAAACCUCUUAUAGGCCUUCAGUACAUAACAGAGUUUCAGAAGAAUGACCCAAGUGUUGAAGAGCGCUAUGUCUGUAACCUUUGCGAGAGUAUGUGUGACCCACGUGUCAUUAUUUCCCACGUCACUGGUCAGAAACACAGAAUGAAAUACUUGAAAGAACACUUCAUGAACUAUGUCACACUUAUGAAGCAUGAGGGCACAACAAGAGCAGAACAAACAAAUGAAAUCUCAAAGUAUGCUGAGAUGGUUGAGAAGGAGGAAGGACGCAAGGAAGUUAAACUGAAGGUUGAGAUUGACCCCUGGUACAAUGCCAACCAGCAAGCAAAGAAGCUGCUAAUGCCAGAGAAAAAAGAAUUUCAUGGGAACUCCCAGAAAGGCAGAGGAGGGGGAGGCAAUAAUAAAAAUGAGUCCUGGCCCCCCAGAGGAGGUGGAUCAAGAGGGGGGUCUAACAGAGGAGGCGCCAGGGGAGGUGCGAGGGGAGGGGCAGGAAGAGGAGGUGGGAAUCGUGGAAGAGGUCGGGGAGGUGCAAGAUAUGACGGUUAUGAUGAUUAUGAUGCUAUUGAUGAAUAUGGUAACUAUGAUGACAUGUUGUCCAGUUACCGAGCAACCCAGAAACGUGCUGCCCCAUAUGCUGGGUAUGGUACACCAAAAGCUGCACGUCGUGAUGUUUACGAGGAUAUGUAUGGAGGCUACGAGGAUGAAUAUAACGACCCUUACUAUGAUGCACCCCAAAGAGGACAUGGGGGGCCUGGACCGUCAGGCUACAAUGAACCUGGAGGAUACGGACCUGGGGGUGGCGGUGGUGGAAAAUCCAAAAAGGUUGAUGAAAUGUUGCAGAAUUUGACUGACUGUAUAGUGAACAGUGAAGAUGACGCUGACAUGGCCCUACAAGUUUCCAGUGCGCUCACACAAGCCUUGAUGAAAUACAGGAGCCAGAAAGUGACAAGAGGUGCAAGUCAUAGUAUGGGAGGUCCACCUCUUCCACCAAAUCCACCUCUUCCACCCAUGUAGACACCUCAGUAGAAACAAACAUAAACAGUUGUAAACAAAACUGUAGAGGAAAACAAAUAUUGUUGGAGGAAAACAAAUAUUUUGGAGGACAACAGGCACAACUAAAGGAAUACAAUAGUGUAUAGAUAAUGCAGAAUCCUCAAGAUACAUUUUACAGACAUAUUUCAAAAUAUUUUAGCUCAUCUUGAGUUUUUUAGGUUUAAUAACAAUACAUACUUUCAAAUAACAAGGAUGGGAUGCAAAUUGUGUUUCAAUUUUAAACAUGAACAUGUUUAUGUAGAAAAUUCAAUAGAUUGAAAUAAAAUGUAUAUAAUAAUAA